AUGUGGAAAGAUUUAAAAAUAGUACAUGGUAAGCCUCGCCAUUCUCAAAGUCAAGGUUCAGUAGAACGUGCCAACCAAGACAUAGAGAAUAUGUUGGGAACGUGGUUGGAAGACAAUAAGACCAAAAAAUGGAGCGAAGGCAUAAAAUUCGUACAAUUCAUGAAAAAUCGAUCUUUUCAUCAUGGCAUUAAAUCUUCACCGUACGAAGCUAUGUUUGGCUCUAGGGCUAAAAUUGGAUUAAAUAAUUGUGUACUCCCAAUGCAUGUAGUAGAAAAAUUAAAAACAGAAGAAGAUUUAGAAAAAGCCUUAAACACUAUUGAAGAGAAAGAAAGUAAAGAAAAAAACAAGGAAGGCAAUGAAGUGAUUGUAGAAGAAAAUGAAGAAAAUUACAAUUCUGAGGAUGCUUUAAGCUCUAGAAAACUUUCUAUUCAGAUAAAAAGAAAUGAAUCUGUGCAGAAUUUAGAAAAGCAAGCAAAUAAAAUGAAAUCUCUUUCUGAAAGAAGAUUUUGUGAAGGAAACAUUGGAGAUUCAGUAAAAAUAAAAAUACCAGACGUAGAUAGAGCUCGAAGCGACUUACGAUCAAUUUUGGCAGUAAUUAUAUCAAUGGAAGACGGAAAUUAUAAAUUGGGCACAACCAAAGGUAAACUGCAACAUUAUUAUAGUAGAAAUCAAUUUACUAUUUGCAAGGAGAAGUUUGUGAGUGUUGAUGAAGUCCCCGAUAUUCAGUUGUCUCUAAGAGAAGCAGCUAGGCUAUUUUCAAAUCUAGGAGGCCAAGGCUAUGACCGCUGCACUUGUGUUCAAAAAUGCGAAACAAGGAGAUGCAAAUGUAAAGCUGCUGGAAUUUUAUGCAACUCUAAAUGCCAUAGUGGUAAUACUUGUAAAAAUAAAUAA